UCAGGGGCGGCUGCCGCUGCCGCCAGCCGGCGGCUCCGCCAACAUGUCCGAGCGCGGCGGCUUCUACCGGCAGGAGCUCAACAAGACGGUGUGGGAGGUGCCGCAGCGCUACCAGAACCUCACGCCCGUGGGCUCCGGCGCCUACGGCUCCGUGUGUUCAGCUUACGAUACUAAAACAAGACAGAAGGUGGCAGUAAAAAAGCUUUCAAGACCUUUUCAGUCGCUUAUUCACGCCAGGAGGACCUAUCGGGAGCUCAGAUUGCUUAAGCACAUGAAGCAUGAAAACGUAAUUGGAUUACUAGAUGUUUUUACACCUGCAACAUCAAUAGAAAAUUUUAAUGAAGUGUAUCUUGUGACAAAUUUAAUGGGUGCUGACCUGAACAACAUUGUGAAGUGCCAGAAGUUAACAGAUGACCAUAUACAGUUUCUCAUAUACCAGUUGCUUCGAGGUCUUAAGUAUAUUCACUCAGCUGGAAUCAUACACCGGGAUCUGAAGCCCAGUAACCUGGCUGUGAACGAAGACUGUGAACUGAGGAUUUUAGACUUUGGUUUAGCUCGGCAAACUGAUGAUGAAAUGACUGGAUAUGUUGCCACAAGAUGGUACAGAGCUCCAGAAAUUAUGUUGAACUGGAUGCACUACAAUCAAACAGUUGACAUCUGGUCUGUUGGAUGCAUUAUGGCAGAGCUAUUAAAAGGGAAGGCCCUAUUUCCAGGAAAUGAUUAUAUCGAUCAGCUAAAGAGAAUAAUGGAAGUGGUGGGUACUCCCAGCUCUGAACUUCUGAAGAAGAUAUCAUCAGAACAUGCCAGGAAAUACAUUGAAUCUCUUCCCCAUAUGCCUCAACAGGAUUUGAAAGCAGUGUUUCGUGGUGCCAAUCCAUUAGCUGUAGAUCUUCUUGAGAAGAUGCUUAUAUUAGACAGCGAUAAAAGAAUUACUGCCUCGGAAGCACUUGCACAUCCGUACUUUGUACAGUAUCACGAUCCAGAUGAUGAGCCUGAGGCUGAGCUGUACGACGAGUCAAUAGAAAAUAAAGAGCGAACCAUAGAUGAAUGGAAAGAACUUACGUACGAAGAAGUGAUGAGCUUUAAACCACCUGACUUAAAAAUGGAUAGCCUGGAAAUAGAGCAGUGAGUACAGGCAGCCGUGCUUUGCCUUGCUGCACCACGAGGACUGUGAAAACGCAAUCACCCAACUUAACCUGUGCUCAGAGUAGAUUUUACUAUCCAAAGAGGUUGGAGGAGAUGCGGACAAGCAGAUGCGUCACGCAGAAGCCACAUGUUGUCUGGUUUUUUGCCUUGUAAUAUGAAUGUAUUCCCAAUACAUGAAAGGAUAAAGAACUGCUUCAGUCGGACAAAAUGAUGCACUGAGUUCUGUUUAACUGUUUCUGCAUGUUUCAUUUUAUCACUUGUACUGCCAAAAGGAAGGUGACUUUUUAAAUUAAGUUUGCAAUCGUGCAUUUAAAGCAUGAAUGUAUACAAACACAAACAUAGAAGUCCAUAAAAGCA